AUGGCCCCGGCCCCGGCCCCGGCCCCGGCCCCUCCUGGGCUGUGCCCGCCGCCCACCGGGCGGGCGGCUGCCGCGCGGGGCCGCCAGGCCGCGCUGUGGAGCCGGGCGCGGCGCCUCCGCCGCCGGCUGCGGGCGCUGCAGGCCCGACAGGUGGAGCGGCACGUCCGGCACCAGCUGGCCGGGCUGGCGCGGCACCUGGAGCGGGCGGGCCCCCCCGGCGGCCUGCCGCCCGCCCUGGGCCCCGACCUGCGGCUGCUGGCGGCCAGCGCUACCGCCCGCCUCCGCGCCACGCAGGGCGCCUGCGACUCCGACGCCACCGGCAGCAGCAGCGGCUCCGGCGAGGAGAGCGAGGCGGACGGCGGUGGGCAGCGGCGCCCCGCCGCGGCCUCCCCAGAACGUCGCCAUGCAGAGUGCCAGUGGGCAAUGGAGAGAGCAGCCAUUAUUUGCCGUUGGACAUGGUUGCAGGCUCAAAUCUCUGAUUUGGAAUACCGAAUAAGAGAGCAGACAGAUAUCUACAAGAGACUUCGUGCUGCCAAGGUGCUCCUGCAAGAUGUCAGUUUGCGUCCCGGCUCCUCCAGCAGCAGUUCUCUGAUCAGCGUGAAUGUUGCAGAGAGAUUUGGCAAACAAACUCCAUGUAACAGCCGCCUUGUUGUGUUGGACAAUACCUGCAUCGCUGCUAGAAUCCGCCCAGUUUGCAAAUAUAAGAAGCGCAAGCUUGUCCGAGCUACCUCUGUGUCUCACUUCAGCAAGAAGCCGCUGAAACCUCUCACUGUGAAGUGCAGCUGUGAGUGGCCCAACUCGUGCAUCCUGUGUAGCUGCAAAGCCUCUGUCCAGACAAUCGACCCUGAUACCAUGUCCCUAGAGGAGCGCAUAGCCCUCCUGGACUCUGGCUUCCACCCCAUACUCUCUUUAUCUCAUGGCAACCCUCUCCACUUGCACUUUGAAACCUUACUAAGAAAGGACGGAUUGCAGAGACUGCUGAGCCAUGAACUCAAGACUCUGAAGAUGUCCUGUUUUGGAAAGAAACAAGAUCCAACUAACGGCACAUUCCCAAAGCUACACUCUUCGCUCCUUCUUGCCUCCUGUUCAUUGCUUGAAGGAAGAAGGCAGCCUGAAGGAACAUCCAGUCGCAGCUUUCCUGUUUGCAGUCCUCAGGCACACAAAUACGGUUCUCUGCACCACCCCCUGUCCUUGUACCCAGAGACUCCUCCGGCCCCUUCUGCCUGCCAAAUCCCUUACACUGGCAGCUCUGCAGUGCAGUCCUCAAAAAGAAGAAAAGCGGAGUGUUCCUACGACAUCAACAACAUUGUGAUCCCGAUGUCGAUGGCAGCCGUCACUCGAGUGGAGAAGCCUCAGUACAAAGAGAUUGUAGUACCAAGCUGGAGGAUAGUAGAGCUGGAGGAACUGGAACCUUUCAAUCAAGCAGACUCUGAGUUGGAGGAUACUUCUGAUGAGAUGUACUCCAGUCAUCACUCCAAAUACGAAGAUCUUGAACGAGCCCACUGGGAUUCCUGGGCAGCGGCCACUUCCCGUAAGCGAGGCAGCAGGUCCUCCAACAGAGGAGACGGCCGAUGGGCCGGGCAGCCUCAGCCAGCGUCUCCAGUGACUGCGUUUAAUUGCCUUAAUGAUCUGUAUGAGCACCCUUCGACUGGCUUGCACAGCCCUGAGACCUGCAACGGUCUGCAAUCCCUCUCUGUCCGCAGUAGGACCAGAACGGUGCUGUCUUGCAGCGAAGACACCAGAUCUUCCCUGGAAAAGCUCGAUGAUGCAACACAGAACAUACAGCCUUGGGAGCCUCGCACGUUUCCACUUUCAGAUUCUGCGUGCCAAGGUCUUCUCCAGCACUCCAGUGAAGAUGGCUAUGACCAGGCUGACUUUCAGCCCUGGGUCUCUAGCAAUAGGCAGGGCAUCAGGCCUACCUCUGUAGACACUGUCAUACCCAGCUUCAUGCGGAUGCAAUUUUAG